CCAUGAACUCCACCAUGCACGGUCUUCUUUCCCUUUCAGUCUUCGUCCUCAUACUUUCGCCAACGGCGAUAGCAGUUGAUGAGGAGGCCUCGAGUGAUCGGAUCACAAAAUUACCAGGCCAGCCGGAGUUGCACGUGGCCCAGUUCUCUGGCUACAUCCCUAUCAACAGGGAGGCCUCCCUCUUCUACUGGCUAGUAGAAGCUGCUGGCGACCACGAGAAGAAGCCACUCGUCCUGUGGCUGAAUGGAGGACCUGGGUGCUCCUCUGUCGGUUACGGCGCGAUGCAGGAGCUUGGCCCGUUCCGAGUCUCGCCCAGCGGCGAAACUCUGGUCACCAACCCGUAUUCGUGGAACUGGGAAGCCAACCUCUUGUUCUUGGACUCGCCCGCGGGAGUUGGUUUUUCCUUUUCAACAGACAACUUCACUCGAUACGGAGACCACUCCACUGCCCAUGAAUCUUAUACAUUCCUGAAAAGCUGGUUCAAGAGGUUCCCAGGUUAUAAAGGCCGAGCCUUCUACAUCGCUGGACAAAGCUAUGCUGGUCAUUAUAUUCCGUCGUUAGCACAGGUCAUUCUGAAGAAGAACUCUAGGAAAACAAAUCCGGUGAUCAAUCUCAAAGGCCUUUUGAUGGGUAACCCUAACUUGGACCGGGAGAGCGAACUGAAAGGCAGGGCUCUAUACUACUGGAGUCACGGUCUUAUCUCAGACGACACAUACCAAGGGCUGUCGGGUGCACUGUGCAGCUCUCUGAAGACAUACAGAAUGGAGGCAUGUAAGCCUUACUUCAUCACACAUUUGCUCGAGGAAGCCGGAAACGUGAAUGCAUUUGAUGUACUUAGGACAGAUUGCGAGAAGAACGAGGUGUCUAAGUAUUGCCUCGAAGGGAUUACCUCCAAGUACAUGAACAGGAAGGAUGUGCAGCAAGCCUUCCAUGCAAUCCCCACCGCAUGGACACUUUGCAGUAAACCUAUACAACACAAUUACAGCCUUCCUGCUAAAGACCAGUCGAUGUUGCCCACUCUGAAGCUACUCAUUCAAUCGGGCUUGCAAAUUUGGAUUUACAGUGGAGAUUCCGAUUCAGCAAUUCCCUUCAUAGCAACUCAGACCGCUAUAUCCAAGCUGCAUCUUAAGAGGAAUGCAAAAUGGUAUCCUUGGGGCCAUAAUAACAAGAUUAGCGGCUGGUCCGAGAUAUAUGAAGGGAUGACCUUCGCGACAAUUAGAGGCUGCGGUCAUGAUGUCCCGAUGUACACGCCUGCUCAAGCGCUUUGCUUGUUUGAGCAUUUUUUAGCUAAUAAGCAAUUGCCCAAGUAUAUUAUGUGA